UCGAAGGCUCUUAUGAAAAUUGUGUUAUCGAUUAGUUUUACUUUUUAUUAACAUUAAUUUAGUGAAAAAUGUGGUCCGACACAAUAUUAAUUGUUUUUAUUUCGGUUUGCACCGCAUUUCUGGGUGAAGGUCUCACCUGGGUUCUUGUUUACCGGACGGAAAAGUACCAAAAGCUAAAAACCGAGGUGGAAAAGCAGAGUAAAAAGCUGGAGCGCCGCAAGGAGAUUCACGGAGAUUCUUUGGAUAAAGCAGUAAAAAAGAAGAUCGAGCGGGAUGAAGAGAAAUUAAAGAACAAUAACCGCGAUCUUUCGCUGGUCAAGAUGAAGUCCAUGUUUGCCACAGGAUUUGCCUUUACCGCUUUGCUGAGUAUGUUCAAUAGCAUCUUUGACGGCCGUGUCGUUGCCCAGCUGCCUUUCACGCCCAUCUCCUGGAUCCAGGGUCUGAGUCACAGAAAUCUUUCUGGCGAUGAUUACACGGACUGUUCCUUCAUCUUUUUAUACAUCCUGUGCACCAUGUCUAUUCGUCAAAACAUCCAGAAGCUUUUGGGUUUUGCGCCGUCGCGAGCCGCCAGUAAACAAGGCGUAGGUCUCUUUGGUCCCGCACCCGGCCAGUUCAAAUAGUUAAAAUUCACCCAUUAAACAGUUGCAUUUCAUUUAUAAUGCACCAUCAACAAUA